AUGAGGAUUGAAGUUUGCCUCCGCGUCGCAGUGAUCUGGGCCAGUUUGGCGGGCAUCCCGACCUCCUUCAAGCUCUCUGAGGAUGCCAAUGAGACCGAAGUCUCCCAAGUGUCGUCGGGGGGCGGGCUUUACUCUUUUGGCACCACGGUGGCCCUCUACAACCCGCGUUACCAGCGCUUGGUGCAGAUGAACAAGGGCAGCAACUCGAUGACUUCGAAGCAUUCUGGCCGCAAACAUCUGGAGAUGUUUGAGACGUACGAGCGCUUCAUCAUCGUGGAUGCAGGAGGCGGGAAGAUUGGUCUGCACAACACCUUCAACAAUCGCUUCUUGAAGAUGAGCGGCGGAAGCUUGGUGACCAGCCCCAUCAAGGCCGCAAGCAAUCUCCCGGUGCCUGGUUGGGACAGCGAGUAUUUCGAGAUCAUCGAUGGAGGAGAUGGCGUGGUCGGUCUUUACAACAGGCACCAUCAACGCUUCGUCUCCAUGAACGGUCAUGGAACCAUGUAUGGCAGUCCGCAGAGGGGCGACACUCUGCCCCACGAUUGGUAUGAUCAGAGAUUCUAUCUCGUGCCAGCGAGGCCCUAUCUCGUGCCAGGUUCCGUCGUGGGUUUGUACAGCGAGGGAAAUCAGAACUACCUGCGCUUGAAAGAGCGCUUGAAAGAGCACGGCAUGGACGGCCACCGGCCGCACCACCCCCCGCAUUUUGUUCCGGGCUGGGCCUGGGAGAAAUUCAAAGUCGUCGAUGCCGGCGCCGGUCGGGUGGGGCUGUACGGCCUUCAUUGGAGGAAGUUCAUCAAAAUGGACCAUCACAGCGUCACGGUUAGCCCUUGGGCUGCUGGCGAUCACUUCCCCCAUGGUUGGGGCUCGGAGGCUUUCGUUGUUAUCCCUAUUUUGCCGAACGAGAACAAGAUAAUGCUCUGGCAUCCGGGAUUUGAGCGCUGUGUGAAGAUGUCGGGGACCAGCGUUCAGCGCAGCCCACAUAAACAAGCCCAG